CGAGAUUGCUGGUGACAUUACGAAGCAUGAAGCGAGCGACCAAACGACUUAACUUUGGGUUUAUUGCUGAUUCCGCCCCCGGGCUCGCCGUGUUUUUCAGGCAUGACCGAGUCGUGCCCCGAGGUCCGUCCGUGAAGCCACCCCGCCCGCCCUUGGAUUGCCUGCCCCAUGGACACGCUCAUGGACACAACCAUGGACACGGGCAAGUCAACGGGCAGCGGGCAGCAGCGACCGCAGAGCGCAACGGCUUACCAGCCGUCCACGUGACGCACCAGUUGAGCCGGGCACGAUCGUCUGGAGUCCCCCGCCUGCACGAUUGGGUGGUGAUGCAUAAUGUCGUUCCAUCCAUUAGGGCCCACCCGACCGAACCAACUUUCCGCUUUCUGGUUUUCUGCCCAAGCCCAACCGAAAAGCCGCCUUCAACCAACCGAGAAAGGCGAGCCGAAACCGAUAGGCGCCGUCAUGGAACAUUCGCCCGCUUGACCGCUCCCUCACUCCAGGGUCGUCCCCUGCUGUCCUCCUUCUGGAUCUCUGGAAUGCCUGCCAACCACGCACCUUUUGCUUUUGCUCCCCCCACGGCAACCCCUCACCCCUCACCCAUCACGAAUCCCGCCCACCAGCCUCCAUCUCGGUCGAGCUUUGGGCAACAAUCGCGCAACCUUUACGCUCGACUCGUCCCUGCCCAACUCUACCCCGUUCCGCCUCGGGAUGGCUUCGUCCCAGUCCAGACGGGGGAGCACAGGGCACGCGCGCAGGCGCACCGACGCCCAACGCCGGCCUGCAUUCCUCCCUGUCCUAUACUCCCGCCCACACUAUAGGAUCGUGUCAGUGAUAGACGCCCUAUCUCACUGUGUGAAGCAUAUGCUCGGCAACCCGGGGUGCCCCCUGGCCCGAACCGACCACUUGUCAAUCCCCUCGCCCACGCCUGCCCCCGCGUCCGCUCCCAUCGUUGUCUGCGCAUUGCCUUUGUCCCCUGCCACCCCUUCCCUUCUCCGGUCAAUCGACCGCCCCUUUCCCAGCUAGCCAGGCUCGCCGCCAGCCAUCAAGACAAAUGAUUGAUGAUGCUCUCUAGCCCCGUCGCACCCGUCGCAGGGGUUUUUUCUUGGCCCACCACUUGAUCAUCGGACCACGCCCCAUCCUCGGGCCCGUGUUAGAGCCAGCACUCACGACUGCCUGUUCCUUUUUUUUUUGCACUCGUGUGUGUUUGAAGGGGUUGUUGUCAACGUCCUGGUGGCCACGCUGACGUCGCCACCAACGGGAUAUUGCGUACGCACACGUCGCUGCCGCCGCAACACACAAAACCUCGCCGUCAGGGGUGGUGGAAGGGAGGCUGUGGCAUGGGCCCAGACCGAGGCAGAUUCGAAAUCGUGGACCGUGAACCCGCCCCGGUCCUCUGGGUUGUGGUUAUGGGGCGCCGCCCACGACUCGAGCACGCAACAAGCUCAACCAAACCCUGGCUAUUGACGGAACCGCAUCUGCCACGGCCACAAGGGGGCGGGGACACGCACACACGCCUGAGAGCAAGAAAUUCCCGAUCUGUUUGCACGAUUGGAUGUGUGGGCAACCUGGGGCAACUGUUGCGUAAGUGCCCUGGCCGUAUAGAAAUCUCCAUUUUUUUUAAAAAAAAAAUUAAUAGGGCAG